CCCGCUCUGAAUAUUUGUACGAAAGACACCCAUGUAUCGUCAACAACCACCUAUAUAUCCAGCAGCAAGCCUAUGCACCACCUCUCGCACAAUCAAGUGUCGUUGACCAGCGUUAUAGUCCAAUGGCGGCAACUGUAAAUCCCCUUCCACCUUUUGGUAUGCCUCUCUUAGGAGGAAGCACCAGGCGACAGUCUUUUCCCGUUGUACCUCAACCACAAUACCUUGCUUCCCCAAUGACGCAGAAUGUCGGGUACGCGGGUUCAUCUGUGAUCCCACAGGUACCAGGUGGAUAUGGAGCAGCUAGCUAUUCGGAUUCAGGAGUUUAUGGAGGCACGUACAAUACCGGCGGGUAUGGUAGAAGUGGAUACGGAGCAGCUAGCUAUCCGGAUCUGGGAAGUUAUGGAAGCGCGUACACUGGUAGCGGGUAUGGUGGAGGUGGAUAUGGAGCAGCUAGCUAUCCGGACGUAGGAAGUCCUCGCGGCGCGUACACUGGUAAUGGGUAUGGCGGGUAUGGUGGUCCAUACCUGAUGCCUCCGCGACAAAACAAUCCAUCCGUCAUCAUCAUCGACAACGGUCGAAGGAGACACCGAAGCCACAGCCAUGGGGGACAUCACCAUCAUCACGGUCACGGUCACGGUCACAGCCACAGCCACAGUCGUAGUCAUAGUCAUAGUGGCCGUGCGCAGUAUGCAGAUAUCGAGUAUCCUGGAAAUCAUGGAUCAUUAAGAAGGAUGAGAAGUUGCGAUUCGCUUUGAUGAUACCUCCAGAGCUACCUUCAAUCUUUAUUGUUAUUGUAAUAAUUUUAUCUAUUGCAUUUCUUUGUACAUCUUCAUUUGUUGGUGCAUGAUUUGUACGCAAAUUUUGUUGUCGAUUGCUCAAGGGUUUCAACUGUCUAAUUUAGCGGUAGCGAGGCAACAAGUCAAAAAGAUGAAAAAUCUGAGUAAAGCAAGGGCCGUGAGUGACCGUCGUGGCAGUAACAGACAACGAUAAUCCAGAUAGCGUAAACAAGUUCCAAGAGUGGCGGGAGCCAUUGAGACCAGAGUAACACAGGAAGAAAAUCAGGCCGGACGGACGAAG